AUGGCGUAUGUGUCUAUGGGGUGUGUGUCUGCAGGACGUCCUCAAAGUCAAGAGUGCUUAGCACAGAGCUUUUCGAGACAAAACUUCAGGAGAACUUGUUUUGUGGAGGGCACCACAGGCACCGAUGACGUCAAACUCAUCAUACCACAGCCCCAAAUGGAAUUCAAUGAAGGCCUCCACACCAAAUGGAAUUUGAUGAACCAGGUGCGAAGUCUUCAGAUCGGUCCUGAGACAAAACGUACUUGA